AGUAAUAGAGCAAGACAAUUCGUGGAGGAUUCCUUCGGCAUCUAGAAAAUCAAAUAAUGGGCCCAACAAAAUUUCUUUAACAUUCUGUUGAAAAGCCUAGCCUCAAAUUUUGGAUGUUGCCACGUUGGAAUUGAUGACAUCAAGGUACUUGGUUGGGCUCAAGCAUUGCCUAAAUUUGCUGUUGGUCUUGUGAGCUAUGUGCAAAGUUUUCUUGAGAGGGCAUAUGAAAGAUGUUGAACUUCAUACAUGGAGGCAACUAUAUUCCUUUUAUUCUUCCCUAUGACCCUAUCUAAAAUUUUUCAAGGAUUUAUAAUUCCAAAUAUUCUUUAUUCUGUUAUUGAUAAUAUCUUCUUACGUUUAGCUCUUUUUGUACUGUUUGUACUAGCUUUUGGCAGUUCUUGAAAAGCAAAGUUAUAUGCUUAUUGGAAGAUAUGACAUCAAAAAUCGGAUGCGACUUGAUCCAGCUAGUACAUACUUACCAACUUCAGUUCAUUAUCCGAACUCAGAAAAUAAUGCUUCUGAUGCUAAAGAGGUUGAAAAGGGAAUAAGCAAUCUACUACUGAAUCUGAGGCCUAUCAAGAAGGAGAACCUGAUUCGCGAUGAUAGCAAACUUGUUCUUUUGGCAUCCUUGAGCGAUUCAUUGGAAUUUGUUGCAGACUUUGUAGAAGGACCUUGUGGGCAGUGGAACAACUUCGAGAGAGAACAAUCUAAAAGAGAUUGUGGGUGGAGUCAUCUCGCAAAGUCAGGUGUUUCUCCGUUUUUUCGAUUUGAUGCAAUGUUUGAAGUGGACCCUGCUCAUACAACAUUUGAAUCCCUUAAGAAAUGGCGAGAUGACAGCAUAGACCUUUUCAAGAGGUUCAUUGGCCUGAAGGCAUAUAAAGAUGCUCUAAAUGCACUGCCCAAAGUUAAAACUUUCUGAGGUUUGCAAAGUGAAUACCCAG